GCCCCGCCCUCGCCCGCGAGGAGGAGCCGCCCCUUCGCCGGGGGGGCGGAGCCUCCGCCCGCCGCGGGAAGGAGCCCGAGAAGGCGCCGGAGCCGCCCCGGGAGGAGCGGGGCGGGGCGGGGGCGGCCCCGCCCCCCUCGGGGAUCCCCGUGCGCGCCGAGGGGCCCCGGGGGCGGCCCGGGCCCCCCCUGCCCUGCCAGACCUUCCCCGCGUGCGGGAGGGCCGCGGGUACGUGCGGGACCGGCGGGCACGUCCCUGAGGGGCCUGGAGUUUCUGGGGAGGGGGGAGACAGAGCCCCCCCAUCUCGUAGUGGGGGGUGGGGAAGGAGUUUUGGGUGGUCGAGCGUCACGGGGAGGUUUUGGGGGGCUCUGUCGCUCUCAGGGGUCUCAGGAAUUUUGGGAACCACCCCCCAUGGCUUCUCUCUUGCACCUGCAGGGGGUGUGGCUGCACAGGGCGUGGCCACCCCUGUCCCGCCCACAGGGGGAGGAGCUUCUGUCAGCCUCUUCGGGACCCUCCGUGACCCCCCAGCGCUGCCCCACGGGGGCUACACCAACCCCUUCACGGCCCCCGUGGCCCCCAGACCCUCCACCAACCCCUUCGAGAGCAGCGGCUCUGCCUUCAUCUCGCCCCCCGUUCCUGGGGGCUUCCCCAGCCCCUUCCAGGCCGAUGGGUUGCCUUUCGGCGGGUUCAGCGUUGCCAAAGCUUCCACCAACCCCUUCGUGACGGUCCCGGCCCCGACGGCGCCGUUCGGCAUCCGGCCCCGGGCCACCAACCCCUUCCUCUGACCGCAGCUGCUCCGGGGGGCCCUGGCAGUGCACCGGCACCAGGUGUUGUUUUCGUUCCGAGAGAUUUAUGGCGGUAUUUAAUAUAUCACCGGUAGAAAACGG